AUUCUAAGGGAACUGAAUAAGUCAAUCGUUUGCUUCUCUGAAUCAACGGAGGCACUGAAGCAAUCGGCCAUGGAAGUUGCGUCAGCAGAGAUCAUAGUGGAAGAAUGGAACGGCUCCUCUUCCACCAAACUCUCCAGAACCGCCACCAUCACUGCGUCUCCUUCCCUCUCUAUCCAAAGAUCCGGUAGCCCUUUCCACCAUGUUUGGAGGCGAUUUCUCGAAGCAUUUGUACCAGAGGGCUUUCCCAGCAGUGUAACUCCAGAUUAUGUCCCUUUCCAAGUCUGGGAUUUACUCCAGGGUCUUUCUACUUACAUAAGGACCAUGCUUUCUACACAAGCUCUGCUGAGUGCUAUUGGGGUGGGCGAGAAAUCGGCUACGGUAAUUGGUGCCACCUUUCAGUGGUUUUUGAGAGACUUAACUGGAAUGCUUGGAGGUAUCUUAUUCACGUUCUAUCAGGGCUCGAAUCUGGAUAGCAAUGCCAAAAUGUGGCGAUUAGUUGCAGAUCUUAUGAAUGAUCUUGGAAUGUUGAUGGACCUUGUUUCACCUUUGUUUCCAUCGGUUUUUGUGUUUGUUGUUUGUUUAGGAAGCAUAUCGAGAUCAUUCACUGGUGUUGCAAGUGGAGCUACUAGAGCUGCUUUGACGCAACAUUUUGCCCUUCAGAGUAAUGCAGCUGAUAUAUCUGCUAAGGAAGGAAGUCAAGAGACAGUGGCAACAAUGGUUGGUAUGGCAUUGGGUAUGCUUCUUGCUCGCGUUACCAUGGGACACCCACUAGCUAUUUGGUUUUCCUUUUUAUCUCUCACCGUGUUCCAUAUGUAUGCAAACUACAAGGCUGUUCGAUGCCUUGCGUUAAAUUCUUUGAACCCUGAGAGGUGCUCAAUUGUUUUGCAGCAUUUCAUGAAGACUGGCCAAGUUCUCUCUCCUCAACAGAUCUCUAAGAUGGAGCACGUUUUACCCAUAUGGGCAUCUUCAUGGAGCUCAAAGAAGACAGAGUCAAUGCAUGUGGACGUAUCUUUAGGUGUCAGGGUAUCCUCACUAAAUCACCUGGAACUGAAGGACCUGUUGCAUUCUGCAGGAUCUCAUUAUAAGAAAGCCAGGUACUUGUUAAUGGAGAGGAAAGGAAACAUCUGCAUUGUCAUGCAUAAAGAUUCUACAGCAACAGAUGUAUUGCAGUCAUUUUUCCAUGCAAAUGCCAUGGCAAGUCUUACAGAUAAACGCCGAAUCCUUCAUUCUGAAAGCCAAGCAUGGAUGGAUAAACACUACGAAGAUUUUAUUCAGAAGUUAAAGACAUCGGGUUGGAAAACAGAACGUCUCUUAUCGCCUACAAUCGUUUGGAAGGCAAAUUGGAUCUGUGGGCCUUCAGAUGGAAAGACUGACUAGGAACGUCACCAUUGAUGAGAUCUUCGUAUACAACAACACAGAUGUUUACAGCUGAUAUUGAUCAUUUCACCCUCAGUUCUGGCUACUGAUUGGAAGAAGGGCCUCCCAUCAUCUUAACACUCGAGCAGAAAGUUUUUUAAACGAGUAAGCAUAUAAAGCGUAACUUGUAACAUGUAAACCUUGCCGGAUGGAAUGGACUGAAGAGGUCUCAGUUUCAAAUAUGGUCAAAACAUGUCAAGCAGUAGCAGUCUGCUUGAGCAAGUUUUUAUCGAUGGUACCAGAAAUGGGAGUUGGGGCACAGAGCAACUUACAAUGGUUUAGAAUGUGCCCUUUUUGUUAAUGAUUCAGUUUUGGAAGGACUAAAAGCGUUUUCUGACAGCUAAGAACGCUUUGACUGUGCUUGCUUUUUGAAUGAUGAAAAACUUUAGGAGUACUUGUGGCUUUGAAGCACUUUCUGUAGAGGUACUUGUCAGAUGCUUCUUCAAAAAGCGUGCUUUUACAUGAUGCGCACUUAGAUUUUCA